GAAAAUCAUUUAAAAAAGUUGAUUAUUAGUUUGCUUUUGUAUGGUGACUCUUUAUAGGUCCCAGCAGACAUGGUGGUUAAUGCAAUAUUGGCAGCUAUAGCAAAGCAUGGCAAGAAAAAAGAAGCCAAUGUCAACAUCUACCAUGUAGCUUCAUCAAUUGUAAAUCCAUUGACAUUGGAGCAACUGUUCGGCCAAUUUUAUGAGCACUUUAAAUCAUCACCACGUUUUGAUCCUUAUGGUAGAGGUACACCAGUCAAUGUCGAAACACCAUUGAAGUUGUAUUCAAAUAUGGAAGAAUUUUCCAUCCAUUUGGAGAAAGAUAUAGGCCGAGAACGCGCUCCUAUGGCAACGUACUUCAAAAAUUCACGAAAAGCUGAAACACUGAUUCAGAAAUUGAAGGAGUAUACUACACAUAUGGCUACUACGUAUAAACCGUACUGCUUCUACGAAGCAAGGUUUGAUUGCAACAAGUUGCAGAAAUUGAUGGAAAGCAUGUGUGAAGAGGAGAAGGAAGAGUUUGGAUUUGAUUUUCAGAGUAUUGAUUGGAAUCAUUACAUAAAAAAUAUUCAUAUUCCUGGCCUAAGAAAGCAUGUCUUGAGGGACAAUCAACAGCCUGUGCUUUGAGUUCUUCUGCUUUUUAGUGCAAACUUAUCUCGCAAACUUUGUUCCAAGGAGUGAGGUUUGUUCCAUCAGCUUGAUAAAAUAUUGAUUCAUAACAGAAAAAGCAGUUUUGUCUUGGUUCUCA